GUAUCCGGCUGUAACAACACACACUCGACUGGUAGUCGUGGCUGCUGUAGAGAAAGGCCAAGGACGGCGGCGAGAUGUCUCCGGCCUUUGUUUGGAUGGGAUACAGGGUGUUAAAACAUGGCAAAUUUGUAAUUGCCUGGUAAACAAAGGGAAAUGGUUUAUACGUGCUUAUUACACUUAUUGGAUAUAUUUUCAGCUACUUGGCACAACAAGCCAGCCAGCAACGUUGACUCGAUCCGUGGAGGCGUCCCUUAGACCAGACUGCGGUUUUGCUCGAUUAUAGGAACACAUAACGGUCCGGUUAGUUAGCUAGGUUAAACAGCUAUUUAUUCAAUUAACCCCAUACUACAUACCCGAACGAAUUAAACUAUUGUUUUAUAAUGUUUAAAUGUCUGUAGUUUUAUGAUCGAUCGUUAACCCGCUGUGGUUUCAAGAUAAACUUGACUAGCUAGCUAGCUAGCAGUCGUUUGUUGUAUGCAGCUUGUUGUGGUAUUAGCUACCUAGCGGUGGUAGCUAGCUGGACAGUCAUGACUGAUGUCAUGAAGAUUUCCUCAACUUAAAUUAACCCAGGUAGGUGUUAGGUGUAAAUGGGUUGGCAAAUGUAGCUAGCUAGCUAUAAUAGCUAUAUAAUAUAAUAGCUAGCUUUAUGUAGCCUAAUUAAAUAGCCAGGGUAGGUUUCCUUAGUCGGUAUAUGCGGAGAUAAAGCAGGCUAGCUAACGCUAACGAGGAAAGUCCUUUGUUUUACCGUUACACCACUAGCUCGCGCGCUAGCUAACCUGCUAGCCCCAGCUGUGUAGCCUAUGUUGAGGUAGCAAUACUGAGGCAGCUGUCGCUGACUAAGUUAAAAUAAGUGAAAUAAAACCUCACAUUAUCCGUGUAGGACACCCCUCUUUUUACAGCUGCUGUUCAGCAAUACACCUUAUAGCAAAGGGUUACUAAUCCUUUGGUCAGGUACUAACAUUUAGAAAUUAGCUCUUCGUGGUAGUUAGCUACGAAAAUAACAUAACAAAAGCAAGUCAAGCUGCAGAUUCAUUAUUCCAACAGCCCCCCCAGUCUUACGGUACUAUGGAGAGCAUAAAGAACACAUUAUGGAUUUAUAUCCUUCUAAUCCUCUGUCUCUUCAGCGAAAAUACAGCCUGUAUACAGCACAAUGAAAAUGUAUAUGUAUCAGGAAUGUCUAAUGCAUGUGGAGAAGUGGCAGAGCAGAUCCGGGCAUCGAGCGGCGUGAUCACCAGUCCAGGCUGGCCCUACGAGUACCCUUCCCAUGUCAACUGCAGCUGGAACAUCAGGGCCAACCCUGGAGAGAUCAUCACCAUCAGCUUUCAGGACUUUGAGGUCCAAAGCUCCCACCGCUGUGGCAUGGAUUGGAUCUCCAUCAGCACCUACAAGAACCUGGAUGGCUACCGCGUCUGUGGCUCCUCCAUCCCAUCCCCUUACAUUUCCUCUCAGGACCACGUGUGGAUCAAGUUCCACUCGGAUGACAGUCUGACCGGCAAGGGAUUCCGGCUUUCUUACAUCACAGGGAAGUCGGAGGAGGCCAGCUGUGCAGUAGACGAGUUCCACUGUGCCAACGGAAAGUGCAUCCCUGAGUUGUGGAAGUGCAACACUAUGGACGAAUGCGGCGACAACUCAGAUGAGGAGCUGUGUGCGCGUCUGGGUCCAGCCGCCGCCGCCUCCUCCUCCUCCUUCUCCUUCCAGCCGUGCGCCCCGGACCAGUUCCCCUGCCUGUCUCGCUACACACGCGUCUACACCUGCCUCCCACAGGCCCUCCGCUGUGAUGGCAGCGUUGACUGUCAGGACCUGGGUGACGAGGUGGACUGUGCAGCACCCGCAUGCGGCGAGCGACUGCGGAACUUCUACGGCGCCUUUAGCUCGCCCAACUACCCAGACUUUUAUCCGCCAGGCAGUGACUGCACAUGGCUGAUCGACACGGGCGACCGGCGCAAAGUGGUGCUGCGCUUUGUUGACUUCAAGCUGGAUGGCGCUGGCUACGGCGACUACGUGAAGGUGUACGAUGGCCUGGAGGAGAGCCCGCGGCAUCUGCUGCGUGCACUCACGGCCCUGGAGGCACACGCUCCCCUCUCUGUGGUGUCGCCCUCGGGACAGCUGCGUGUGCACUUCUACGCCGACCGGGUGAAUGCAGCACGGGGCUUCAAUGCCACGUACCAGGUGGAGGGCUUCUGCCUACCAUGGGAAUCACCGUGCGGGGGCAGCUGGGGCUGCUAUACUGAGACGCAGCGCUGCGACGGAUACUGGCACUGCGCCAAUGGCCGUGACGAGCUCAACUGCAGCAGCUGCCGUGAGGACGAGUUCCCGUGUUCGCGGGGUGGAGCCUGUUACCCACGUUCAGACCGCUGCAACUACCAGAACCGCUGCCCCAAUGGCUCGGACGAGAAGAACUGCUUUUUCUGCCAGCCGGGCAACUUCCACUGCCGCAACAACCGUUGUGUGUUCGAGAGCUGGGUGUGCGACGCGCAGGACGACUGUGGCGAUGGCAGCGACGAGGAGAGCUGCCCUGUUGUCGUGCCAACACGCGUGAUCACGGCAGCGGUUAUCGGGAGUCUCAUCUGCGGACUUCUGUUGGUCAUUGCACUGGGCUGCACCUGUAAGCUUUACUCACUCAGGAUGUUCGAGCGCAGGUCUUUUGAAACACAGCUUUCACGGGUUGAGGCAGAGUUAUUAAGAAGAGAAGCUCCCCCUUCCUACGGUCAGCUUAUUGCCCAGGGCCUAAUCCCGCCAGUGGAGGAUUUCCCAGUCUGCUCUGGCAACCAGGCCUCUGUGCUAGAGAACCUGAGGUUGGCUGUACGCUCCCAACUGGGCUUCACCUCUAUCCGCCUGCCAACCUCCGCCCGCCAUGGCACCAUCUGGCGCCGCCUCUUUAACUUCACCCGCUCGCGGCGCUCCGCCUCCCUGGCUCUGGUGUCCGCUGACGCGGAGGAGGGCUCGGGUGGCACUGGGGGCAGUUCCACCCGUGAGCAGGACCGGCCAGGCCCUCGCCGCAGCCUGCUCCCCCUUGACUCCGAUGACACGGACACAGAGAGCGACCGGCCGCCUCGCCGCGACGCCCACGGAGCCGUCGGGGGCCUCGUGGCUCCCCUGCCCCAGAAAACCCCACCCGCCGCCGCCGUGCAGGCCAUCGUAUCCGUUUCCAGCAGCUCUGCCCCUCUGGCCAGCCGUGAGGGUAGCAUUGCUGAAAGUGUGACAGACGGGGGCGUGGCUGGGGAGGCUCCAGCCCCCAGUGGGCGGAGCUCUUUCGCCAGUGCGCUGAGCCGCGUCAUGCACAGCCUGCGCUGGGUCCGCUCCUCCCUCACUCGCUCAACAAGCUCAGCCUCCACACCCCGAAACCACAGCCCCCUGCGACAGCUAGAGCAUGGUGCUGCGGCUGGGGGUGGGGCAGAAGAUGAGGACGACGUCGAGCUCCUGAUCCCGGUCUCGGAGGCCGGCACCCUGGAUGGGGACUCCGGUGAGAGCGGCAGGCCGCUGCUGGAGCCCAGCGCAGAGCAGGCCCUCGCACCCCAUCCUGCCUCCGCUGUGCCCUCCACUCGGGCAAGGCCGCCGGGCCGGGAUGGACCCUGCGAACACUGCGGCAUGGUCCACACAGCACGCGUCCCAGACGUCUGUCUGGAGGCCAGGACCAGGGCGGAGACCAGCGACGACGAGUCUCUCCUGCUUUGUUAAAGUCUCCCUGCUACGGUACAGUGCACAGAACUCCAGACCCCUGCUUCAAGCCUGCCAUGCCAUUGCUACAUCUGUCUCCCCAACAGGGGGGAAAUCUGAGUAUUUUUGAUUGCCUGCCCUCUGAUUUCCAAUGCUUGCACAGAACCUUCAGACAAGCUCUGGUAUGCAGUUGCCCCCCCCCCC